AUGUCGUCCUCAUCCGCAACGCUCACACGUCUCAUCGUUGUGCUCAUAUCAGCGACAGCGCUGCGCGUGCUUCUUUCUCCCCUUUUCAAGUCUUUGGAGCUGGCACGCAGACCAGAGCUAUCAGUGCCCAUCAGUUCCCUCUUCGCUCUACGGGAAGCGUCAUGGCUGCAUUCGCGAUGGAAAGCCGCAGGCUCCUCAUCACAUGCUCAUCCUUACGCUGGCGAUAAUCCCGUCUCACCGUUGUUGGUGUAUGUGCUCAAGUCAUUCUUGGGAGACGAGCACAAGGAGAUCUGGUUAUGGGCCACGGUAGACUUGGUUGCGGGACUGGUGCUGGCCAGCUGCGCAGCUGUGCGAAGCAGGAACAGCGUCAAGGGAAUGUCGCAAGGCUCACCUACGCUUGGUCCUGAUGUCGCUGCUGCAUUGUGAGUGCUAUAGAGCAGUCGUUUGCGGACUCCUGAAGAAGACACGGCGGCACUGCAACGAGUCUUCGAAGAAAUCAUCGCCGACUUCAUGCUCAUGGCCAAGGCUUUUGACACCCGGAUCUCUCCACAGAUACCUCUUCUCUCCUCACACCAUUGCCUCAUGCCUCGCCAAAUCAGCGUCACAGUUGAACAAUCUUCUGGUCCUGCUCAGCACACUCGGUGCACUGACAGGUGAGCCGUUCAGCAAUCGGCGAGCUGGCUCUGCCCAAGCAGCGGUCCAACUCAAUCGCUGAUUCAAUCUCUCACGCCCCUUGCUCAGGCUCUCGUUUACUGACGACGACUGCUCUAGCCGGCGCAACGCUGUCAUCAUUGACUCCCAUUCUGCUCGCGCCUCCACUACUGAUGCUCUGCGCUCAACGAUCACCUUCGGCACGGCCGAUUUUGCAUGCCUCCUUGACUUCUUUGGCACUUCUCGCAACGCUAAGCGGAGGGCUUUACGCCUCCUAUCACCUCUCUGGUUCAUCUUGGCGAUUCUUGGAGCGCGUAUACAGCCCCGUCAUCCUGCUCCCCGACUUGACGCCCAACAUUGGCCUGUGGUGGUACUUCUUCAUCGAGAUUUUUGAUCAUUUCAGAAACUUCUUCUUGCUUGUCUUCAACGUCCAUCUGGCUUCCUAUACCGCUCCCAUGACUAUCAAGUAUUCGUGAGUGACUCUCGGCUUCUAAGGCACAAGGGAGAGAGCUGAUACUUCAAUGACGAGAUUUUGCCCAGCUCGGACCCUUUGUUCGCUGUCACCGCUCUGAGUGGGGUAAUCAGCGCAUUCAAGAGCUACCCAACAAUGGGCGACACUUCUCUUUUCCUGGCGCUCGUGGCUCUCCAUGUGGAUUUGUUGCCAUGUAAGUACGCACUGCUCAAGCUCGAAGAGGUUCUCUGCAAGCUGCAUGCGAAAGCAUCCACCAAGCUCACACGUCCCUCCACGCACCUUGUGCUGCCUCAGAUUUGCGCUAUCCUAUAGUGUCCGUGCUUCUGUACCUCUACGCCACUCUGCUCCUUCCCACCUUUCACCACUUGUGGCUUCAGGCAGGUUCAGGCAACGCCAACUUCUACUGUGAGUGUGUUCAGCUUAGCUCCUCCUUCGUUCAAAGGCACCGCAGAGUCGCGAGCGCGCGCAGCAAUCUGAUGCUUGUCUUUUGGUGCUGAGCUCUAUUCUCUCCCUGCUACACCUGCUCGCUGGAACCACAGAUGCGAUCACUCUAGUCUGGGGUCUCGCACAAGGCUCACUCUUGCUCGACCUGAUGUGGGCGUGGGGCAGAGCGGCGUGGGAGAGGCAAAGACUCAGGAUACCCCCUGCUCAGGCGCUGGCUGAUGAGAAAAUUGCCAUACUGCGAGCCAAAGGAUCGCUCGUGCCGCAAGAGCUCGUGCGAGACGUCAUACAAAUUUGA